UACUGUGCAUAGUGAGCUAUUUUUGGGCUACUUUUGAAGUGCUUUUUGGCUAGUUUUGGGCUGGUUUUGUAGCUGAAUUGGCUGGUUUUGAAAAUAGUUGUAUUCAAUGUGCAAUUUACCACUGAACAUUACAUGGACCCUUGUAGAGCGCAAGGCAAGCGGAUAUAUGAUCAUACCAGGGCGUAGGAUUGCGCUUUCCUACGAGUAAGGCGGCCCGAGGCCGUAGCGCAAAACGGGUUAAGUAUCCUUCCACCUGUUGGUGCCUGACAGCUCUGUAUAAGGAACGCUCUCCGCCUUCUUCUGUGUAACAGUCCCAGACCAGAGGGGGAAAUAUAAGGGGGCUACGCCUCUCACGCCGGCUUUUGCCCUUUCUACGGGACUCAGAGACAAUAUGGCUACGUCCACCCCCAGCCGGGCCCGGGAACAUGGCUCCGCCGCCCCUUCUCCUGGUAGCCCGACGCGCAUCAGUCGUAUGCAAGAGAAAGAGGACUUGCGGCACCUCAAUGACCGUCUGGCCGCGUACAUAGAGCGUGUGCGGUCUCUUGAGGCGGACAAGUCGCUGCUGAAGAUCCAACUAGAGGAGAGAGAGGAGGUUUCUAGCCGGGAAGUGACCAACCUCAAGCAGCUCUAUGAAACCGAGUUAGCCGAUGCCCGCAAGCUGCUCGACCAAACGGCCAAUGAACGGGCCCGGUUGCAGGUUGAACUGGGCAAGGUCCGAGAAGAGCACCGACAACUACAGGCCAGAAAUAAUAAAAAAGAAACCAAUCUAUGUCUGGUCCAGAAUCAGCUCAGGGACUUCGAAAGUAAACUGAACACCAAAGAAGCCGAGCUUGCAACUACUUUAAGUGGCAAAAGAGGUUUAGAAGAGCAGCUUCAAGAGCAGAGAGCCCAAAUCACUAGUCUUGAAUCCUCUUUAAGGGAUACAACCAAACAGCUUCACGAUGAAAUGUUAUGGAGGGUCGACUUGGAGAAUAAAAUGCAGACUAUUCGAGAACAACUGGAUUUCCAAAAGAAUAUUCAUGAGCAGGAGGUUAAGGAGAUAAAGAAGCGCCAUGACUCGAGGAUUGUAGAAAUAGAUUCAGGCCGGCGGAUUGAAUUCGAAAGCAAACUAGCUGAGGCACUUCAGGAACUAAGGAGUGACCAUGAGCAACAAAUCUCUGACUAUAAGGAACAACUGGAGAAGAAUUUCAGUGCAAAGAUACAUUUUACUCUGGAUACAAUUGAGGUUUUAGAACAGCAAGGUGAGACUAAAGAACUAAAGAAUUUGAGUGAGUGUGAGAUCCAAGAACAGGUAGAUGCAAUGGAGGAGCAAGACCAGUUGGAGAAUGCACAGCUAGCAGCUGCUAAGAACAGUGAUUAUGCCAGUGCAACCAGGGAAGAGAUUAUGGCCACAAAACUAAGAGUGGAUAUGUUAACAUCCCAGCUGGGCAAGUAUCAGAGACAGAAUUCGGCGCUGGAGGUUAAAGUGCGGGAAUUGCAGGACAUGCUGGAUCGUGCACAUGAAGUCCACAGGAGGCAGAUGACCGAGAAGGACCGUGAGGUGACAGAAAUAAGGCAAACAUUACAGGCCCAGCUGGAGGAAUAUGAACAGUUGCUGGAUGUGAAACUGGCCUUGGAUAUGGAGAUAAAUGCCUACAGGAAGAUGCUAGAAGGCGAAGAGCAGAGGCUAAAGCUGUCCCCAAGCCCUUCUCAAAGAAGUACGGUUUCCAGAGCUUCUACAGGUCAAACAAGCCGCCUUUUACGUGGGAAAAAGAGAAAGUUAGAAGAAACUGACAGAUCUGUGACAAAAAGGGCUUAUAAGGUAGUUCAGCAAGCCUCUUCCACAGGGCCGGUGUCUGUAGAAGAUAUUGACCCAGAAGGGAAUUAUGUCAGGCUGCUGAACAACACAGAAGAGGAUUUUUCCCUUCAUGGAUGGGUAGUUAAGAGAAAGCAUAUGAGCCUUCCAGAUAUUUCAUUUAAACUUCCAUGUCGCUUCAUUUUGAAAUCCAGCCAACAUGUCACUAUUUGGGCUACAGGGGCUGGUGCGGUACACACUCCUCCCACCGAUUUGGUCUGGAAAUCUCAGAAGACAUGGGGAACAGGCGAUAAUAUUAAAAUUACUCUCCAUGACUCCAGUGGUGAAGAAUGCGCUGAGCGAACCCUUUAUAGAGUCAUUGGAGAAGAGGGUGAAACAGAUGAAGAUGCAGAAGAAGAGGAAUUCGAACGUCAGUUCCGUUCCCAGACAAAAAGAAGAAAAAAGAAAUGUUGUUCUGUUUCAUAAUGGCUUACUAGCAUCAAACUUGUAGUAAGCUACUGCAGUCUCACCAAUCAGUGGAUCCCAGUUGUUCCAUCAUGUAAUUAAAGGAAAAUCUGGAGGUUUCCUCUUCUACUGGAAAAUUUGGAUUGGGUUCGAUCUUUUUGCUGUUUACCGCAGAGCAUUUUGUUGGGCCUUUAUUCCCCUUGGAGCCUGAAGACUUACGAACUGAAAACGGAAAUGACGUGCAUUUCAUUUCAAGACUGUUGGAACCCAUAUAGUGUGCCCAUACUUCAAUUAAAUGGUUUUCCUCUGUAAAA